CUACUGGUGAGUAGGAAAUACAUCUACAUUGCAUCUGUUCCACACUUGUAAACGGAGGACUGUGAUAUCUAAGACAAGAAAUUGAACCAUAACAGAUUAACGCACGGACGUUUGUCUACUUUUUAAGAAUUCCUCAAGAAAUAAUAUGGAGAACGUUGAUCACUUGGACACAAUUGUUUUGAACGAUACAGAUACAGAUCGAGAGACAGAUGGAGAUGAGAAUGUAGAGAAAAAUAUUCCUGAAUAUCGCUGUGAGAUUUGUAGAAAGACAUUCUCUUCAGAAGAUGAAGUCGUCACACACAAAGAAAUACACAGGAAGGAAAAACCGUUUCAUUGUGAAAUAUGUGGUAAAUAUUUUGCCUCAAACUGUUAUUUAAUAAGUCACAGAAGAAUUCAUACUGGAGAGAAACCAUUCCGUUGCGAGAUCUGUGGGAAAUCUUUUACUCAGAAUUCGAAUCUUUUAGUUCACAAAAAAAUACAUAGUGGGGAAAAAGCGUUCCAUUGCGAAUCCUGUGGGAAAUCUUUUGCUCAGAACGGUCAUCUUGUCAACCACAUACGCAGUCACACGGGAGAAAAAGCCUUCCACUGUGAAAUUUGUGGGAAAUCUUUCUCUCAGAAUGGUCAUCGGGUGAAGCACAUUCGUCGCCACACUGGAGAAAAACCCUUUAGUUGUGACAUAUGUGGUAAAUCCUUUUCUGAUAAUUCCAGUGUUGUAGUUCACAAACGUAGCCACACGGGAGAGAAACCGUUUCAUUGUAAAAUCUGCGAGAAAUCAUUUGUUUCUCAUGGAAGUUUAACAAAGCACAAUAUAAUACACUCUGGAAAGAAACAAUUUCACUGUGAAAUCUGUGGUAAAUCUUUUAAUCAGAAUUCACAUCUUGUUAGUCACAAACGUAGUCACACUGGCGAAAAAUCCUUCCAUUGUGACAUAUGUGGAAAAUCUUUCGCUCAGAAUUCUCGUCUUGUUAUCCACACACGUAGCCAUACCGGAGAAAAACCUUUUCACUGUGAAAUUUGUGGUAAAUCAUUCUGUGACCAUUCUAGUCUUGUAGUUCACAAACGUAACCACACCGGAGAAAAACCGUAUUGCUGUGAUACAUGCGGGAAAUCAUUCGUUUCAAACAGUAUUUUAACAAAACACAAAAUGGUACACACUGGGGAAAAGCGGUUUCCUUGUGAAAUAUGUGGAAGACCUUUCAUUAAUAAUCCAAGCCUUCUUAAUCACAAACGUAUUCAUACAGGAGAAAAAGCCUUCCACUGCAAAAUUUGUGGAAGAUCUUUCACUCAGAAUUCCCAUCUUGCUAUCCAUACUCGUAGUCACACUGGAGAGAAACCCUUCCAUUGUGAGACAUGUGGUAAAUCAUUCUCUGAUAAAUCUUGUCUUGUAAUUCACAAACGAAGCCAUACUGGAGAAAAACCAUUUCACUGUGAGAUAUGCCAGAAAUCUUUUGUCUCCAACAGUAGUUUAACAAAACACAAACAAAUACACGCAAGAGAAAAACUUUCCUUGUGAA